GAGAAUGAUGAUCAGGAGGACUUAGUGUGCUUAUUAUUCUUUUUCCCUCAUUCACACUUCUGUUUGUUAUCUCUCGUUUGAAUCUCUCUUAACUGUCUUCUCUUGCCUUGUGUACUACAUGGAGGAAGUGUGGCAACUCGAACUGCUGUACAUCUGUGCCAAGUUCUCUGUUGAAACCAUGGGAUCGAAAAAUUCAAGAGAAAUCGAAGAGAAUCGGGCUAAUCAUUACUCGUGUGAAGCACAUUCACUUGUCCGCACACCGUAAUAAUAAUAAUAAUAAUAAAUGCCAGUACAUGGAUGAAAACAAAAGAAAUUCUUCAUAUUGAUUUUUAAUCCAUAAAAUGGAAAUGUUCAUUAAACACACAGGAAUGUAGUAAAUUUCCUAAUAUAUAUAGAUUUUUUUGUACUGUAUUGUUUUUACCGUCUUUGUUUUUAGUGUAUCGACCCGUGGAUUCGUGACUCGCCUACCUGUCCGGUUGAUCGUUUGCCUAUCCCAAAAGGAUCCAUGCAUCAUGAUUUUAUAGUUGAAAAUAUAAUAGGCGAUUAUAUGGUAUCAUGUCCUUGGCGUUCUCUAGGAUGUGAUUUUAUCGGUCGCUUGUGCAUUUUACCCAGUCAUAAAAAAACGUGUCCAAUGAAUCCUGAACUACUUCCUGCAGAACUACGUAAUCGUCUUAUGGUUGGUUUACAAAAUACAACAACAAACAGAAAUCAAUCUUAUAAUGACAAGCUAUCGAAAGCUCGACAGGAACCUACCCCUCCUGCAGUCAUAAAUAUUAGCACAAAUGAUGACAGUAAUGAAAGUCAUGCAUCAACUAGUCAUGAGAAUAGUGUAUUGUCACAGAGUGUUGGUCCCACUCUAUAUGACACUAGAAAUAAUGAAAGUGUUGAUGAAGAUCACCUUUUGCCUGCUCCACCACCUAGCCUGUUGUUUCGAAUAUAUCAGAAUUCAGAUGAGAAUGGUCGCAGUCUAUUACUUAACUUUCUAAAAAGUGAUCAACGUUCCAUAAUAAAUACUGAAUCUACUUCUACCAGUGCAGGUAAUAAACGACGCCGUAGACAAUGAAAUCAAUGUGAUCCAAUCCAUUUACAAUUCGAAUGGCAUUUGUGUAUUCGUGCAUUUAACAUUCAUUGAGUGUAAAUUUCAAAUUGAAACUCUUCUCUGGGUAAUUUCUCUUGAUUUUGAAUGUGCACACAUGCUGUAAAUAUACGUG